AUGGUAUCGUUGGUUAAAACAUUUUUGUCAGCGCUAUGCCUGACGGGCGUGGCAUCAGCCCGCUAUUCGAAUGACACUACCCCAAGUGCAUCAACGGUGCCCAAAUCCUCGCCAACCGCUUUCUUCUCUAAUGUUCAAUUUGUUGACUCUUAUACAGGAAGCAACCUAUGCAACGACAAAGAACAUUGGUUUUUGUUGGAGGCCGAGGUUUAUGUCUCUGCAGGGUUCAAAGGUGAACUUUAUCUAACCGCGCCUCAAAGUCUCGAGGGAUUCCCCAAGGAAUCAUUUGAUUUGGUGCAAAACGUCACAGCUGUGGGAACCGUUGCAAGAAACGCCUCCAAUGUUUUCACGAUACGACCAGAUGUGUCGGACACCGAUCGGUCGUCCACCUUCAACGUGCUCGCUCUUUUGUCUUCAGAAACAAAGUCAAGCAUUGACAGUCCGCAAACUUUGGAUUUCGACUUCGAAGUUUCGCCAGGCUCGACAUUUACCAAGUCAAUCGAGUUCAUUGCUCAGGAUCUUUCAAAAUCUCAAACAAAUGCUCGUGUUGAUGAAAAUAAUCGCAUCACCUACACUAUGGACAUUCCUUUCAGCGAGUAUCCUGGUGCUUUGAAUUUUGCUGCUUCGUUUUCCGGCAAAGAGGCUUUCACCUUUGACACUUCUUUGUCAUAUUUGGAAGUCGUCACUGCUGUUGAUGCUUUCAACCAGCCUACCAGGGGAAUUAACUUGACCGCUUUCGAGGAUAAUUCGGACGCGUCCGCCAUCAAUUUGAGUCUAGAUUCACAGAUUAGUGGGGGUAAAUUUAUUCGGAUUAGUUACACCACUGCACCAAUAGUCGAUGCAGUGUCCGUUGAAACGGUGGCAACUCUCAACUAUCCUACUCUAUCCUCUUACAAGAGAGAUAUUUCCAUAACCUUUGAAGACCUCGUGGUCCUUAACGGAGAUGCUAAUAUCGAUAACAUUGGUGAACAAAUUUUCGUCGUGACCGGCUCUGGUUCGUUCCCUACUGUCACGGGAAGUAACUCCACUAAGACUGCUUCUGCAACUUCUGACUUGGCUUCCAAUACAACUGUUGGGCCUACUGCCUCUAUUUCGCCAAACACAACCUCACUUCAAGUCUCGAGCGCACCCUCAGCCAAUGUCACGAUGUCGAUGAGCGGCACUACUGUUGCAACUUCCAACUCAACAAUCAAUACUGAUGUGAAUCCUUCCUUGAACACAAGCAUUGCUUCCAUCACUUCGGCGCCCAUCCAACAGUCCUCUGUGAAUGCUUCCAACACUGCCUUCGUGACUUCAAAUAGUAAUGGUGCUGUUCUUACCUACUCUGUUGUUACGCGCACGAGCGAUGGUGAGUAUGAGGUUUUUACAAGCUUUUUCCCUGUGGCGACAUUGUCCUCCCAGUCUCGCAUCAACUCAACCGGCGUUGGUUCCGACACAUAUUACGUCGUCAACGCCACAACCCCCUCUACGAUAGUCUACCCAACUCAAACCGUUUUUAACAAAACAGUCAGUGGGGAGGUUGCGGUUUUUACAUCACUCAUCCCUGUUGCAACGGUAGGUAACAGCAAAAGCAAUGCUGUCACCGCACUUUCUUCAAGCAGCAGUUCAAAGAGUACGGCGAUCAAAUCAUCGCUCACCAAAAACGUUACUUCGCAAAGCACUACUGAACGUGGUGCUUCAUCAAGCCAAGGAGCUCAGUCUCAGAGCACAACGUCUGCCUCAUCUAAGACUACACAAUAUCAGACCAAGGCUUAUCUGGCCCAUUCGGUGGUCACUACUACGAGUGAUGGUAAAGUAUUCGAGUAUACGAGCUGGUUUCCAACUCUAGCACAGUCUUCUGACGUCUCUGUCACUAGUCCAACUGAGUCUGCAUCAGAUGCCUCCACUACAUCUUUAACUAAGAGCAAGAGUCUGGUUGCUACGACUUUGACUCAAACCAAAGGUGGCCAAGUAUCUCUUGUCACAACUAAGGUUCCCGUUGAGACACUGACAACUAAAAGCAGCGAACUAUCUGCUUCCAAGUCUUCGACAUCUAAAAAGCAUACAGAAACUUAUCAUUCAGUGCCUGUUAAUACCACCGUUUUGAAUAGUCCAGAGUUUGCCACUCAAUCUUUUACAACCAAAUACGGUAUUUCUACUGGUGUUCUAGCCUCGACGCAGUCAGGGCUUGUCUCGGUUUCUGAAAAACUCAUCGGUGCCGCCACUCUCUCUUCCAGCUCUAAGAAGGCAGAAAGCACAAAACAAUCGCCUAACGCGCAGACCUCGAGCAGUUCUUCUGCACUUUCUGUCGCAACGAAUAUUGGCGUACUCACGGGGGUCUCGCAAGCCAUUCAAAGUGAGCUUUUGACUACGUACGAAGCUCCUAUUGGCGCUUCUACCGAAAUGACAUCGGCUACCGGAACGCAAGAGAACACGCUGGUUUCAACUUCUUACGGGUCCUCGGUUCAAAGAUCUGCAACCUCACAGCCUACCCCAAGUCGCUCCACUUUGUCUGGCUCUUACACAAUUGAGUACCAGAGCCAAACUUCUCAAGCUUCCUCCACAAGAGUCUUGUCCACUUUUGACGGUGCAGGCAUUAAGCUGCGAGCUGACAUUUUUGGGGCAUUCAUCCCAAUGGUUGCUUAUCUGCUUUAA